AUGUCAGACUACCUUUGGUUUGAAGGAAUACCUUUCCCUGCUGUAGGGUUUGAAAAAGAAAUAAUUCAAGAAGCUCAUGAUAAGUUUGUGAUCAGAGAUGAAGACACAGUCAUAUUGACUUACCCCAAAUCAGGAACUAACUGGCUGAUUGAGAUGGUCUCCUUGAUUCAGACCAAGGGGAAUCCCAAGUGGGUUCAAUCUGUGCCUAUCUGGGAACGUUCACCCUGGUUAGAGUCUCAAGUAGGAUAUCAAAUAUUAAUGAAUAAGGAAGGACCACGCCUCAUCAGCUCCCACCUUCCCUUCCAUUUUUUCCCCAAGUCUUUCUUCAGUUCCAAGGCCAAGGUAAUCUACAUCAUCAGAAAUCCCAGAGAUGUUCUUGUGUCUGGUUAUUUUUUCUGGGGUAAGACAAACCUUGCUACGAAUCCAGAGUCACUGAGAACUUACUUUGAAUGGUUCCUCAGAGGAAAUGUGUUAUAUGGAUCAUGGUUUGAGCACACCCGUGCCUGGCUGUCCAUGAGAGAAAGAGACAACUUCCUGCUACUGAGCUAUGAAGACAUAAAAAAGGACACAAAGAGCACCAUAUUGAAAAUCUGUGACUUCCUAGGAAAGAAAUUGGAACCAGAAGAGCAGGAUAUGGUCCUCAAGUACAGCUCCUUUGAAUCCAUGAAAGAAAAUAACAUGUCCAAUUUUAGUCUCAUCCCAGAAGAUGUGAUUACUAAUGGUUUGGUUCUCUUGAGAAAAGGCACAACUGGGGACUGGAAGAAUCAUUUUACAGUAGCCCAAGCUGAAGCCUUUGAUAAAGUUUUCCAGGAGAAAAUGGCCGGUUUCCCUACAGGGCUUUUUCCAUGGGAAUAA